AUGAGGAGGCUGAAGGAGCUGGGGUUGUUCAGCGUGGAGAAGAGAAGGUUCAGGGAGGAUCUUACCACCAUGUGUAAACACCUGAUGGGGGCCAGUAAAGAGUACAGAGCCAGACUCCAUGGUGACUAUCAGGACAUGAGAACUUUAUCAAGUGUGAAAAUGAGCUCCUAUAAUAUGAAAAAAAGUCUGCUUUUUCUUUCAGCUUUUGCUGUAAGUGUAGUUCUUGAAGAUGGAGAAGAUGAGACCGAACUACCAGUGCUGCAGAAGUCUGAAAAAAGUGGAACAAUCAGUAAAAUAAGCAGAGAAUUAAAAGAAAUUGUGUUUAUCAUCCAGAGUCAAAGUAAUUCUUUUCAUUCCAAGAGAGCAGAAGACCUAAAAAGAGAUAUUUUAAAACAGGCUUCAGACCUUGGAAAGGAAUUGCCUACGGUUCUGCUUAUUCAUCAGAUGGAUGGGCAUGAAGGUGCAUGGACAAUAUUACCAUUAAUGAGAGAUUUCUCUGUUACCUAUGGUAGGAACUCCUCAUGGAUUUUCUUCUGUGAAGAAGAUACGAGAAUACAAGUUGUAAAGCUGCUAGAAACACUUGGAAGAUUUGACGGGUCUAAGAUCAAGGAGUGGUUUUUAGGUAAAGCACUAUAUGAUGAAGAAUCUACAAUAAUUCACCAUUAUGCCUUUGCCGAAAAUCCUACAGUAUUUAAAUUUCCAGAUUUUGCUGCUGGCUGGGCACUUAGCAUUCCACUUGUUAACAAGCUUGCAAAGAAGUUGAAAAGUGAACCACUCAAGUCAGACUUUACAAUAGAUUUAAAGCAUGAGAUUGCCCUGUAUAUUUGGCAGAGAGGGGAAGGACCACAUCUUACUCCAGUGCCUGAGUUCUGCACAGAUGAUGUGAACUCAUAUAAGGUUGAGCAUUGUGCAACAACGUUCAGUAAUUUUCUGCCACUUUGUGGAGAGCCAGUGAAAAAGGAAGACAUUUUUGUUGCUGUAAAAACAUGUCGGAAAUUUCAUGGUGACAGAAUACCAGUUGUAAAGCAGACUUGGGAAAGAGAAGCUGCCCUUAUUGAAUACUACAGUGACUAUGCAGACACCUCCAUUCCUACUAUAGAUUUAGGCAUACCUAAUACUGACAGAGGUCACUGUGGGAAAACUUUUGCCAUUUUAGAAAGGUUUUCAAAUCAUAGCUCUCCCGGAACUCCUUGGUUAGUUAUAGUGGAUGAUGACACACUAAUAAGUAUCUUCAGACUCCGAAAAUUGCUCAGCUGCUAUGACCCAAAUGAACCAGUAUUUCUUGGAGAGCGUUAUGGUUAUGGCUUGGGAACAGGAGGAUAUAGUUAUAUCACUGGCGGAGGAGGGAUGGUCUUCAGCAGAAUAGCUGUUCAGAAACUACUUGCUAGUAAAUGCCGGUGUUACAGCAUGGAUGCGCCUGAUGAUAUGGUCCUGGGGAUGUGUUUCAGUGGCUUAGGAAUCCCUAUAACACAUAGUCCACUUUUUCAUCAGGCAAGGCCAAUGGACUACCCAAAAGGCUACCUUUCUCACCAAAUUCCAGUAUCUUUCCACAAACAUUGGAAUAUUGAUCCAGUGAAGGUAUAUUUCACAUGGCUGGCACCAAACACUGAAGAGUCACUUAAUGGAAAGAAAUUUGAGUAUAGCAGAGAGGAUUUAUAAGCAGUAGAAGAAUGUAAGUGUCAAUGUACUGCAGAUGAGAGUCACUACUGUGAUUUUUGCGGUGUUCUCACUUUGUUUCAUCUCUUCGUGACAUAGAAGAAAAUGUUUUGUUCCUGUUUGUUGCAUUCCUUCAGAGCAAUGGAAGAAGGCACCUAAAUUGACUUUUGGAUUCUUCUUUUGCACUUGUUUUCGUUUCAAACUGUUUUUGGGAUUUAUAUACCAAUGACCUUGACACUCAUUUAAAAUGUCUCAUACAACUUCACCUGUCUUCUGGUUUGGACUUUGAGUCAGACAACAUCAAUUUACAUUUCCUUCCUUUGUUCUCUCAAAAGCUGAAGUGUAUUUGGGAGCCUGAUAUUGAACAUGUUUUGAACAUCCAUUGAACGUCAUCUCCCACUGACCUACAGAAAAUGGUUCUCUAAACUGUUCUGGAAUGGGUUCUUAAUAAAUCAGAGGGGAGACAUGACACUAUUUCUGUGACCAGGAGCUAGACUGUGUGAAGGCCAUGUUCCUUUCCAAGUAUAAAUAUUAUAGUUUCCUGGGAUAGAUGGACCAAGCUUGAACCAUUGUUGUACCUUUUAAGUUUGUGAAGAAUGUCAUGUUCAAAAUUGAAAAAAAGGUUAAGGACGAGGAUUCCUUAAGUGGCCGCAGGAGGUCACUGUGGCUCCUUUAGAAACGUAAGUCACUGUGUAUCUUUUUGGCAAGUAUAAAUGUGACUCAAGGAUUUUUGCAGAACUAACACUUCAGUAUUUCUGAUGUGUGCAUUUCAAUAGUAUAUGGGUGUCAGCUUUAUAAAGUUUGUAGUGUUCCUAAUUUAUAUCAUCAAGGUAAGUAAUUUUAUGCAUACAACAUGUAAAGAGUGAUUCAUAUUUAAAAAGUUGAUUUUUUUUUCUUUGAGUAAUUCAGUUUGUAAAAAUGUUUGUACAAAAACUGGCUUUAGUAUGUUUGAAACUAAUUUUUAUAUUGUAAAACUGCUCCUUUUAAGAUGACACUAUAUGACACUUGUAUGCUGUUAUUUAACUUUGCUUGCUAUAUUGUAACCAAAUACAGGGUCUUACAGUCAUACUGCUGAGGUAAAUUGUGAUUUGUUUUGUUUCAGUGGGUUAAAAAUUGAUUCCAUUCCAAAGUAAUGCAAUACUUGCUCUUAAGUCAAAACAGGGGAGCCACUGAUUCGUGCUUCAGUAAUUACUGAAGUUGUAUAAAAUUUCUUUUUGAAUGUAGCUUGUGGAAUUUUAAGCAUUUGAAUAGCAAGCACAUAUCCAUAAUAGAUUCAAAUUCUGAUUCAAUAGGAGCAAUCCAUGUUAUGUCUUUUUUUCUUUUUUCUUCCCACUAUCAGUGCCUUAAACAGUAGACAUUUUACUGAUGCCAAGAUUAUGUUCUCCAGUACCAUAGGUGAAUUGUUAAUUAUGUUUACUAUUUAGAAAUGUGAGAGCUGAAAGCUGAAUAAAAGUAUUCUUCUUUAACCUUUUCUGCCUUCUUCCUCUUUGCAAACCAAGUACAGGAUUAUUUAAGCACCUAUGUCAGAAUAUUAUCACCUGAAUAGUAUUCUAUCGUCAGUUGUACUAAAGGGCAGCUUAAACUUUUUUUUCAUAUUCUGUCCUGACAUGCUUCACCAGAUUAAGUUAAUUUUCAAGUCUCUGGUUUUGUGCAAAUGAAAAAUGCUUUUGCAAUAGACACCUCAUGUGAUUUGGAAUCUUGAUGCUAUCAAAAAAUAUAAUUAUCAAAUUCUCCAAAGGUCUUGCAGCAUAGUCCUGUCACUUUCAACUUCAAACUGCUGGUAUCUUACAUCUCCUUGAGCCCUGGGAAGGCAGGAUAGGUCAGGCAAAGACAAUUAGCUUUGGAUCCAUGCUGUGUUGCACUUGUAGACUUCUGACUUAUUUAGAGAUUAGGAGCCAUCCCAUCAAUUCAUUAAUUUCUCACUUACUCGGACUUUUACUUCUGGUCUGAUAAAUGUAAUAGUAGCUGUCUUCAAGUCCGUCUUUUCUCUUGCCAUUAGCUCUGGGUUUCACUGCAAGGAUUCUGGACAUAUUAGUAAGUGUUAGACUUCUGAUCCCAACCUUCAUAGUUUUGAAAGCAGUGAAGCAGUAAUUUACUGAAGUCUUCUGGCCCCAAAACUCUGACAUUGAGAUGUAACUAAUGAUAUGCAACCCUAGCAGCAGCAUAACCAAAGUAACCUUUUAUUCUAUGAACUAAAAAAUUAAAGAUUUUUUUUUUUAUGCAGAGGAUCCCAGAGAGUUUCUAAAAACAAGAUGUGAAGCCUUCUGUAUUAAAUUUAGUUUUAGAAGAUUCAGCAAGGCUGCUACUAUCUGAAACCUAAAACCAAAAUUGCACGUUAAUGAGCCUGAACCAUACUAAUGUUUCUAAGGAAUAUCAAAGGGGUUAUAAAUGGUGUAAUGUUGAAGAAAAGCAAGAAAAGGGGAAUUCACAACUCACUUCUAUAACGGGCAGAUUAAAACAGGAAUGCAUGGUUGACUGCUUGAAGUUACCUUUUCUGGAACAUUUGAGAAUUGUGUGAAAGAUAAA